CAGGUAAAGGGCGAGGCAAAAAGUGGAUUUCAACAAAAAGCUAGAAGCAGAAAAAGGAGGAUCUCAAAUCACUACACAGACAAAGUGACUGUGAAAUCAGGUUAUGAUUUUCUUGAUAUUACGGCUUUUGACUUUGUUUUUGUUUGGUUUUCAUUUAUAAGGCUAUAGGUUCUUGUUUAGAAAGAAAAAUUAUGUACACUACUUUGCCUAAAGUUUGGUGAGAGAGAGAUGGAUGAGGAGGAGAGGGGGAGGCGGUCAGUACUAAUUUUUAAUAGCAUCUGAUUAGUAUAAGUCCCUAGUGACAACCUAUUGGUUACUAUUUUCUGGAAAAGAAAUGUAUCAGUCUUUUUAUAAUAAAAAAAUUCAGGGUGGGUUUAUUUAUUUAGUUUUUGGCUUGCUCUUAAAAUUGCAAGACACGUGUGAAAGCCUGUUAGGUAAUUCUGUUAGCUUUUCAUGCUUUGAUUUCCUAUUUAACAACCGAGUAGGUAUUUCUUUCUUUCAUUAAGUAAUUAUCAAGAAUAUAAAAUUCCCUCCUAAAAUUCCCUCCUCUCCUUUGGCAACCAUCAUGAUGACUGAUCACUUCUUGCUUGAAAUCUCCAACAAAUUAAAGGAAAUAACCCUCUCUUUAGAGGAAAGAAUGCAGCAAAUGCAGCAAGAAUCUUCCGCCAUAGCUACAGUAGCUAGUCAAAACGAAUUUGAAGUCUCUGAAAAAAUGGACGAGGAUAAUGAAAUCUUUAAACUACAAAAACAUUGUCAAUAUUUGGAAGAGUAUUUGCAGCAGGAAAUUUCAAAACAAGAUUCGUCCAAGAACAUUGAAAUUCUGAAUGACUUAAUUCGUGAAAAAUCUGCUGAGAUUUUAAAUCUACAAAAAGCUUUGGGUGGCUGCACUGCUGAAAUUGAUAUACAGGAGAGACAAUUCAAAGGACAGUUGGCACGGGCAAAAGAAGAAGCAGCUAAACUUUCAAAGCUUUUGGGAGAUGCAAAUCAACAGGCAGAAGUAUCAAAGCGAGAAAAGGAAGAAAUAUUGGCAAAGUUUUCCCAAGCUGAAAAGAUGCUAGAAGAAUGGAAAAACAGAGUACAUAAGCUUGAGGAAGACAAUGCAAAAGUACAGCGUUGUCUUGAGAAUAGUAUAGCAACUCUUAAUCGGUUGUCAAUGGAUUUCAAAAAUCAUGUUGACAGGCGCCUUGUGAUCAAAUUACUAGUGACCUACUUCCAAAGAAAUCACAGCAACGAGGUUCUGGAUCUUAUGGUUCGCAUUCUGCAAUUCUCUGAUGAAGAAAAGCAAAGAAUUGGUGCUGCUCAACAAGGUGUUGUUCGUGGAGUACUAGGGCUACCUGGCCGCCUAGGUGGUGGCAUCCUGGGAGGAAGUUUGGCUGAAUCAGCGGCAUUGGAAAACCAGUCCCUUGCAGCUCUGUGGGUCGAUUUUCUUCUGAAGGAAACUGAAAGAGAGCGUAGGGAUUUGGAAGAUGAUGCUGGGAGACCUAAAAAAGAUUCACAUUGAAGAAAUUCAAAUGCUGCAGUUGCUGAUGCACCCAACACCCUGCGUUCUCUUCAUGUAAAAAGGGGGGCUAAACAAUUUGAACUGUCUUUUCACACUACAUUUUGGAGUUUCAUAACGAUAAUAAACACGGAUAAAUCUUAUAUUGUCUCAUUUCGAUUUUGUUUACCGGAACCAAAAAUUGUGGGUGCUAUGCAGUCUUGAGUGUGGUGCUAUUUCACGAUCGUUGUGGUGUGUGGUACUAUCUCAUGAUCGUUGUCAUGUGUGUAUGGAAGUCUCGGAUAUAAAAGUUGUCAAGGACUAUUCGUGUCACUU